ACAGUAUGGCCGGCGACAUUAGCUAGCGCUCGCUCACCGCUCUUCUCUGUAACAGGGGAACACGGACUACAAGGAACCGCACCGCCCGCCCGCCCGGACUGUAACCCUCUCACAUACGCUCACGCCGCGCUCGCCGCCGCGCAUUCAGGGUGGCUUAAAAAAAAAUCUUUUUUUUUUCUUUUUUCUUUUUUUUUUUUUCUUAAAUUAAUAUUGAAAAAAAAAAAAAAAAAAAGCCACAACAGCCCCAGAAGGUGAAGCCCGCCCGAGACGGAGCGGGAGCCGGGGGGCGGCGGUGGGGUCGCCGUUAAUUUCUGUGGUUGUUGGUUGCCGAGUUGUCUCACCAUGAAGGAGAACGGUGCACACUUCUUCGAAGGGACCGAGAAGCUGCUGGAGGUGUGGUUCGCCCGGCAGCAGCCCGCGCCGCAGGAGCCGCACCAGAGCAAGGGGUCCGGCGACCUCCGCACCAUACCCAGGAUUGAGUGGGACAAACUUCUGGAGAAUGUGCAUUGUUUGAUCAUAAGUGUGACAAAAACUGACAAGCAGGAAGCUUAUGUACUCAGUGAGAGUAGCAUGUUUGUCUCCAAGAGACGUUUCAUUUUGAAGACGUGUGGUACCACCCUCUUACUGCAAGCACUGGUUCCCCUGUUGGAGCUUGCUAGGGAGUACAGUGGGUUUGACUCAAUUCAGAGCUUCUUUUAUUCACGUAAGAAUUUCAUGAAGCCUUCCCACCAGGAGUACCCACAUAGGAAUUUCCAGGAAGAAGUGGAGUUUCUUAAUGAAAUUUUCCCAAAUGGAGCAGCUUAUUGCAUGGGACGUAUGAAUUCUGAUUGCUGGUACCUGUACACCCUGGAUUUCCCAGAGAGUCGGAUAUCCAAUCAGCCUGAUCAGACACUGGAAAUUCUGAUGAGUGAGCUUGACCCAGUAGUGAUGGACCAGUUCUACAUGAAAGAUGGUGUUACUGCAAAUGAUGUCACUCGUAUGAGUGGAAUUCGUGACCUGAUACCAGGUUCUGUUAUUGAUGCUACAAUGUUCAAUCCUUGUGGGUAUUCAAUGAAUGGGAUGAAAUCGGAUGGAACUUACUGGACUAUUCACAUCACUCCAGAACCAGAAUUCUCUUAUGUUAGUUUUGAAACAAACAUAAGUCAAACUUCUUAUGAUGACCUGAUUAGAAAAGUUGUAGAGGUUUUCAAGCCAGGAAAAUUUGUAACAACCCUCUUUGUUAAUCAGAGCUCUAAAUGUCGCACAGUGUUUUCUUCCGCGCAGAAGAUUGAAGGGUUUAAACGUCUUGAUCACCAGAUUGCUCAAUUCAGUGAUUACAAUUUUGUUUUUACCAGUUUUACGAAGAAUCGCCAGCAACAGCACAGUUGAUUAAGAAUGAAGAAAAAGCGCAAAAAGAGAUCCCAUAGAGAAGGUGGUGGUUGCUUUCUAGUUACUGAUUCAGGGGGCCAUGCUUUCCACUGCCACCACCUUGUAGCUGUGGAAAGCCCUAGGUGUAAUCAUAGUAUAACCAUUUUGAAUUGUAUGCAUUAUUAUAUCAAGGAGUUAGAUAUCUUGCAUGAAUGCUCUCUUCUGUGUUUAGGUACUCUAUGCCACUCUUGCUGUGAAAUUGAAGUGCAUGUAGAAAAAUCUUACUGUAUGAAACAUAACAACACUUGUAAAAAUGAUUCAGAUAGAAUUACACACAGUAUAGUUUUUCUCCAGGUAUCGCCAAAAAUUUCCCACAGACAAGGCUUUCGUCCUCAUUAGGCUUCAGCCUCAACCUACUCACUGGGACAGUUCUUUGUUAAAUUGUCACUGAUUUUUUUCAUCUAUGUUGUGACUUCAGUCUAAAAUGAUUUUUGACAAGCUUGUACGAUUUCUAAUGAAACUGAUUCCUAAGUAACACUUUUGUGUUUGAAGAAAGUUCUUAAAAACAGUUACAAAUUGUUUUGCUACUUAC